UAACUUCGCGCAAAAGUCUUUUUAGCGACUGUCACCGAGUUGCACAACGAGAUCUGAGUUUCCAACAGCGCAUUAAAUCAUCGACACUAUCCACACGUAACGGAUACGCGUAAGAUUUCACCGACAUCAAGAAGGAUUUUGACCAUAGGGACCCAGACAUGACCGAGGAGUGCGACAAGUCUAUGGCGGACGCACCGUGCAGUCCGACAGGUACUUCCAGUUCGGCGUCUCAGGACGAAUCGGAUUCGGACGCGCCCUCUUCGCCAGCUGGAUCGGACAGCCACGGAUUGCUCCACUCGUCUAGCAAAAAAAUGGACGAAGACGAAGAUGACAGGUUCCCGGCGUGUAUCCGGGACGCCGUUUCACAGGUGCUCAAAGGCUACGACUGGUCUCUGGUGCCGAUGCCCGCACGAGCCAACGGCACACUCAAGAACAAACCGCACGUGAAGCGGCCCAUGAACGCGUUUAUGGUGUGGGCGCAGGCGGCGCGCAGAAAACUGGCCGAUCAGUACCCUCACCUUCAUAACGCCGAACUCAGCAAAACCCUUGGCAAACUCUGGCGCUUGCUAUCAGAGAAUGAAAAGCGGCCCUUUGUAGAGGAGGCUGAGAGACUGAGGGUACAGCACAAGAAGGAUCAUCCUGAUUAUAAGUACCAGCCGAGGCGUAGAAAGAGUGUGAAGCCAGGGCAAAGUGACUCCGACUCUGGAGCUGAGCUAAGCCAUCACAUGUACAAAGCUGAACCAGGCAUGGGUGGCCUGGCAGGGUUAGCUGAUCAUCAUCAUACAGACCAUCCAGGUCAGCCCCAUGGACCACCAACACCACCAACAACCCCUAAGACCGACCUUCACCAUGGUCAUGGCGGAAAGCAAGACAUGAAGAAUGAAGGCCGGCGGCUGCUGGACACUGGGCGUCAGAACAUUGACUUCAGUAACGUAGACAUAUCUGAGCUCAGUACAGACGUCAUGAGCAACAUGGAGGCCUUUGAUGUGCGUGAGUUCGAUCAGUACCUUCCCGUCAAUGGGCACUCGAUAGCCUCCUCCAUGGUUUCGGAACCCAACCCUGGUAUUUAUGUUGCUUCGUACAGCCACUCUGGGGCCAGUGGGGCUGCCUGGAGCCGCAAAGCAGCCAUCUCCUCCUCUUCCACCUCUGCCUCUUCCUCUGGAUCCAGUGACAUGGGUCAGACCAGACCACACAUCAAAACAGAGCAGCUGAGCCCGAGUCACUACAGUGAGCCCUCUCACAGCUCACCCUCUCACUCUGACUAUGGCUCCUAUGGUGCACAGAGCUGCACUACUUCAACUGCUCCUUUCCCAAGCUCUCCAUGCGACUAUACAGACCUGCAAAGCCCUGGCUACUACAGUCCAUAUUCCAGCUAUGCCUCCAGCCUUUACCAGUACCCCUACUUCCACUCAUCGCGGAGGCCUUACGGAGGCACCAUUCUCAAUAGCUUGUCUAUUCCACCAUCUCACAGCCCCACUGCAAACUGGGAGCAGCCGAUUUAUACCACUCUAUCGAGGCCUUGAUAAGGUAGUGUAAUCUCGUCUGUACUGUGGAAGCACUUCUGAAGGAAUAGCAGUAGCCAAGAGAAGAAGGGGGAUAUGUUUGCUCAUUCAAAGGUAGAAGAAGAAGAAAAAGUGCCUGCUGAAUUUGCCCACCCCCAAACAACUUAUCCAUGGACGUUGCAUAGCCCGAUAGCGCUAGUACAGCAAGCAGAAAUCCUCUGUGAGGACCACCUGUCACUGUUUCUCUCUAUUCCCCACAUAUAGGCCUACUCUUGGAAUUGUAUUUUUUUAAUGACUGAGUAUAUGCCACUGAUUUGUGUAGGAGAGAAGCACAUGAGUAUGCCAAAUCCGUUUAAGAAGCAGAUGGAGAAAACAGAUACACACAUGCACUGGGACCAAUUAUUUUAAAAAUAUACUCCAACAGAAAGAGUCAACUACAAAAGUUCUCUUGGUCACUCCUUAAUUCUAAUAAAAUAGCCCCCCCCCCCUUUUUUUUGGUUAGAGAUAUUCCAUAUCUAUUUAUGUUAAUUGUUAUGUCAUUCUUUGUGUUUAAGUUGUAUAUUUGUAUAAAUCCAUUUUGAUGUUGGGGAUGAAAAUAUAGAAUUUUGUGCUAUUUUACAAUCAUUUGUAUAAUUGCAGAAUAUAGCAUUCCUGGAAACAAAUGAAACACACACACACACACACACACACACACACACACACACACACACACACACACACACACACACACACACAUAUACACACACACACACAUACACACACAUUUCCAUUCCAUAUGACUUAAAUGAAGCAAAAGAGGCCAAUAUAUUACCACGUGGUUCAACAAGGGCCUGGGGUAAUUGUGUUUUUUUUUCUUUCCUUGAUAUUUUUCAAUCUAAUUUCAAGCCAUUGAAAAUUAUAUGAUAAAAUAAAUAACAAAUUUGCUGACAUUUUAUUUUGUGGGUAAUGAAAAAACACACACACCAGAAAUAAGCAUCUCUUUAUAUCAGAUGUUUUGGCAUUUAAAACACUAUAGAGCUGCCAUAUAUAAUUUUCAUUAUGUGAUUAUGUUGAUUGACUUUCAUUAUGUUGAAUCUUUUGUUGAAUUAACAUGUUCAUCCCUCUGUCUCAUAAUUUUUAACCUGUUGUUUCAGAAAUGUUUGCCGGUUUCAUAGUGACAUUUGAGACUCAUAUCGUAAUUUUUCCUAAACAUGCUGGUUUAUUCCGGCCGUGAAGAGCAAACAGUGUUCUUUUGUUUUACUGUUAUAUUUUUUUAAAGGUUGGCUGUGAUUUUUUUUUCUGUCUUAACAAAGCUAACCUUAAUUGCAGGCCUUAUCUGUGAAAAAAUAAUAAAACAUUUUUUCCUGAA